AUGUCGAUCUCUAUGGCUAAUACCCCACAGCUGUCUCUUUUAGACGGUGUCUCUGGCACUGGGCCUGGCGAAUUCGCCAAGUAUCGCGCCUUCAAAGUGGCGCACCAGCGGGUUGCGCUCGACGUGAACCUGCUGGACCACACGGUGCGGGGCACCACUGACAUCAUACUGAUUCCGCUGAUCCAGAAGCUGGACUACGUUGCAUUCAAUUGUAAGGACCUCGACGUGCUGGACGUGUACAUCGAGAACAGGCGGUGUGAACAAUACAUUCACGAGCUGCCACACACUGCAGUCUACAACAAGUUUACCGGGGGAGUUCGCAACGUGCUGUACAGGGACAACUCUGUUGAACAGUCGCACUUUCUCAGGGAGAAGUUUGCGGACCUGAACGAGCGGCCAGAGGAGAAGGAUGUCGCACAGCUCGUCAUCAAGAUCCCAUCCUCGAUCAAGAUCAAGUUGCAGGAUACCAGCUCGCUCGCAAACUACACACCCGUGACGCCGUCCAUCAGGAGCACCCCGGGGAAUGCAGACACGGUGUUUACGCCGAUCACCAUCAAAGUAGAGUACAAAGUGCGGGAUCCGCAAACGGGAGUCCGUUUCGACACGUUAUUUGAGGACAAACCGUACCUAUGGAAUGCCUACACUACAAACUCGGAGAUAUGCUCCACGGCGUCGUAUUGGAUGCCCUGUGUGGACUCUUUGGACGAGAAGUGCGCAUGGGAGCUCGAGAUAAGCGUCCCGAGAAAGAUCAAGGAUAUCGGCUGCACCAAGAUAAUAGGGCAGCAGCAACAGCAACAACAGCAUCAGAAUCAACAACAAUCCGCGGCGUUCCAGAGAAACAAACUGAAACGUCAAAAUUCAACCCGCGGUGGGAACGGCGGCGAUGAGGACGACGACGACGACGACGACGAAGAUGAAGACGACGAAGAUGAAUACGAUGACGACAGAUUUGUAGAGGAUGGAAGCAAUUUCUGGAACAGAGACAUCAAAGUAUGCUGUCCAGAAUUUUCGACAAUGAAAGAACUGGCACACCCAACAGACCUUGCCAAGAAAGUGUUUACUUUCCAGAUAUUCAAUCCUGUAGCGCCACACCACAUCGGCUGGGCAGUCGCAUCCUUUAAUGUCUGGGAAGUCCCCGCAAUUCCCUCCUCGGGGGAUGAUGUGGAUGACUUGGACGACGAGAACGACGAAAUGAACGGGAUUGAUGGCCAAACGGGAGCACACGACGCUCACGAUGAAGCAGUGGAGGAGAACGGAGACGUCAUACCAAUAAAAGUGUACACGCUCCCCACAAGGGACAUCAACGAGGAAUUGGUCCUCAACUCAACGGUCGUGUGCCAGCGAAUCGUCGACUUCUAUUCGAAAGAGUUCGGAUCCUACCCAUUCACAUCUUACGCAUUGGUCUUCUUGCCCACGCUAGCAAACAACACCAUGGACUUUGCAGGUAUGACGCUGUGCAACACCAGACUGCUGUACCCGCCCACGGUACAAGAUUUGAUGUUCUCCACCACUGAUCAGCUCGCACUGUCCAUCGCGACGCAGUGGUCUGGCGUGAAUAUCACCCCCUUGGAGAUGAACGACAUGUGGUGCUGUAUCGGUAUGGCAGGAUACAUGGCUAUUCAAGUAUCCAAACUGCUUUAUGGUAACAACGAAUUCAAGUACAGGUUGAAGCUGAACAGCGAAAAGAUUGUAGAGAAUGAUUUUGAGAGACCGCCCCUGGGGACCGCUUUCCAGGGGGUGUCCUGGCCCGUGUCUAACACGAGUAAAGACAUGGACUUCAUAAGAUUGAAGGCGCCAAUGGUGCUCUACAUCCUGGAUAGACGCAUGACAAAGACAGAAAGAUCCUUUGGGAUGUCGCGUAUUUUACCGAAAAUGUUCCUGCAAGCGAUGUCCGGGGAGUUGCCCAACAACUCUUUGUCGUCAGCACACUUUCAGCACGUAUGUGAGAGAGUUAACAAAAACAGAUUAGAGUCGUUCUUCCAACAAUGGGUGUACGGUGCCGGCGUUCCCGUUUUCAGGAUUACCCAACGGUAUAACAAGAAGAGGAUGGUCAUUGAGAUGGGGAUAAGACAAUGUCAGAACCAGGACUCUGAAUCACACUCGAGGAAGGUAGUCGGUUCUGAUGGAUUUUUCAAAAGCGCUAUGAAUUACAUCGAAACGCCAAAUCGAAACACACCGUCGUUCUUUACUGGGUCCAUGACCAUUAGGAUCCAUGAGAGUGACGGUACCCCUUACGAGCAUAUUGUCGAAUUGAAGGACACAUACACCAAGAUAGACAUUCAGUACAACACGAAAUAUAGAAGAAUGAGGGGGAGGAAAGUUGUAGCGACGCCGAAGGAGGAAAGUUUGGAAAGAUCAACGAGUAAUCUGGCUGCCUCCAAGGUUGUCGCAGUGGACGAGGAUGAUAUUCCAAAAUUGGGGACCGUGCUGACUUCUGCGGAAGACUGUUACAAAUGGAAACUCACAGAUAUUGCCAAGACAACGGAGGGCAACGAGGCGUUGCUAAUGAACGAGGCGUUCGAAUGGAUCAGAAUCGACUCUGAUUUCGAAUGGCUUUGUAAAGUCCACAUCAAUCAACCCGAUUACAUGUUUGCAUCCCAGCUGAGGCAAGACGGUGACGUCGAGGCGCAAAUCGACAGUAUUCGAUACUACCAGGACGUCAUUAUGGACUCAAACCAACAGUCACUGGUCUAUUCAUCAAUUUUGACAAGGACUGCUAUGGACGAGAAGUACUUCUACGGUGUAAGACUUGAGGCUUGUAAAGCACUCUCCCAAUACGUGUAUAAACAACCAGAAAGUCCCAAUGAAUCAGAAUUUGUUGGUGGGUCCAAACAUUUAAUUAAAAUCUUCCAAGAGUUAUUCUGUUUUGAUGAUUCCAAUGUCCCCAAAAGUAACGAUUUCAGCAUUAUUCAAAAGUACUUCCUGCAAAAGUGGAUUCCUAAAUACUUGUCCCAGGUAAAGAGCGAGACGAACGAGUGUCCGAAAUUUGUCAAAAACUUUCUGCUGGAUAUUUUAACUUACAACGAAAACUCGGAGAAUCCGUUUGAUGACAGUUUCUAUCUGGCGAAUCUGAUCAGUUGUGUAAUUGACAGUAUUUUGCACGAUCACGACGAUACGGAAUUUUUGCACAGAAUCAUGGGUCAGCUUCACAGGUACGAAAAUCUAGACAAGUGGAUGCCCUCCUAUCAAGUUCUGGUUACAAGGACCAUUCUGAACCAAAAACUGAAAUUGAACAUAGAGGGUCUCUACACUUUUGAGAAUUUGAAGGAUGUGUUAGAAUAUUCGUUGAAUAUCGAGCACAUUUGGAAGCACUAUUACAAUGCUGAUGUGAUAAAGAUUCGUGACGGUAUUGAAGAUAUCUCACUUUUGGCCUUCAAAAUAUUGUUGGUGGAAGGUGGGAUCAAGAACAAAUUUGCCCUGAAAUACUUCUUUGAAACGUUGUGUUUUACUCCUGACGUGUACGUUAAGGAGAAGCUGAUAGAUGUGUUGAUCGACUCAAUCAACACGAUAGUGGGCCAGAAGCCGUUGGAUAAACUCGACGACGAUAUCCUAUACCUGACAGAGAAGAUAAUUCCGAAGAACAUCAAUUUUGACAACGAGGAAGAGGCGCGUGCGUUUGUGCUUGCCGAUGGUGACAUGGAAUUGUACAACAGGAAGGAACUGAAGAUGCGGACGCACAUUGCCGGUCAAAUUUCAUUACUGAGGAAAAGGUUUAAGGACUACAAGCCGUUAAAAAAAAUUCUGUGGGAUGUCCUGCACACGCCAUUCCUGAGUCUGUACCAAAGGAAGCGCCUCUUUGACGUGUGUCGCGUAAUGUACACACUCAGGGACAGCUUUGAGGUUGUCCUUCGGGCCCCGCGGGUGAAGAAACUAGUAGCGAAGUACGAGGGCGACAACAAGGUGGUCAUCAAACGGGACAGUAUUUUGAAGGUUCAUCUUUCCGCAUCUAAAGUGAAAUUCAACGCAACUAAGCCAAACGUGAUACCUACGCCAGCGCAAACCAAGAAAAAGGCUACCCAGCAGCAGCAGCAGCAGCCGAAAGUGGACACCAAGCGUGCAGCACAACCUCCAAAAUCGCAGGCUGUCGCCGUGAACAAGAUAGGCAUCCUUCCAGUGCGGUUUGUGAGGUUCUCGGACCAGUACAAGAAGGUAAGCGUAUCCUCGCAGCCCUUCAGCGACCGCGUCACCGUCACGAGGGCCAACUCGCGGUCCUUCAUCGUCAGGAUCAAGUACAGAACCGCUUCUUACCCGGAACAUUGA